UGUUUCGAGGCACCAAGCGUGCACAUGAGGACUCUUCAAGCAAGCUUAUUGUAAUUUCAGACGAUCGACUAGCUGAAAUCGAUGCGAAAUGGCAUAGGCACCCUAUCAAUCUUCUGCGCAGUCCGCCUGCUUCAGGCAAGACGACAUUGGCCAGGAAGCUUAAAUUAUAUCUUGAGAGGCAAGGUUAUACGGUUAUAUUAAUCUCGCUGGCUCUCUGGAAUGAAAAGCAGUAUCCCAAUCUACUAUACGAUAGAAAUGUCUUUGACCAAUUCUGGAUACAACACUCCAGUAUCAAAUGGGAGGACUGUAAAGCAUGCACAAGUCCAACAACUGUUAUCAUCGACGAAGCGCAGACCCUCUAUGCCGGUGCAUCUACUUUCUGGGAUGAUUUAAAGGGCCUCAUCGACCAUCCUAAUAGCAAUCUACGCGUGCUGCUCUUAAGCAUGUACGAAGAUCGUUACAAUCAACGCUCCAAGACACCGAUCGACUUUAUUGAUGCACUGGGGCUAGAAGACUUGCGUUUGACAGUACCGGAAUUCAAAGAAGUUGUAGACAAUUAUCUCGAAUAUGCUCUCAGUGAGUAUGACUGUGACCUCUCUAUUACUGAUACUGUACGCCAAGCUAUCUUUGAUUCGACCUUCGGACAUCCACAUCUAGUCAGACACACCCUGGAAUUUUUACGAGACGAAUAUAUGCGCAAAGUUAGAGACAACGACAUGCUUCGUUCUUUGGUUUAA